AUGCUGAGAGUUGUGGGACAUCUGUUGUGUCUCUUUAUAUGCUGUCGGGGAGCUGGUUGCUUGACAGAGACACUGGUGGAACUUGGACAGAAUACAACCAUUAACUGUUCUCUUAACAUAGAAAGUGCAUACGGGUACAUUCAGCACCAACCACAGCCUCCACAGGCCAUACUCCGCUCUUUCACUAGUAGGAGUCCUGCUGCUUUUUAUUACAACAAGAAUUAUAGACAGAAAUAUUCAUUACUAACAGGACAUAGAUUGUUAAUACAGAAUGUAACAGUAGAUGAUUGUGGCGUGUUCUACUGUGCAAAAAAAGAAGAGGGUAGAUUGAUAUUUAGCAAUGCUACCAGACACAUGACGGCUGAUGUUUAUGCUGACUAUCCCAAUCAGACAUCCAGCUAUCCAAACCAGACCUCCAACUACAGGUCAUCAUGGGAGAACUGUCUUCUGUUCAUUUACAGUGUUCUGAAUGUUAUUCUGAUGGUUAUGAUCCUGGUGCUAAUCUUGAACUUGCCAUGUCAGAACAGGAACUCUCCUUCAAAACUAACAUCAAGACGCCGAAUAGACCAGAGACACAAAAGUGAGGAGAUCGUUGUAGGCCUCCUCUUCUGUAUACCUACAGACACAAAAAGACAUAAAAAGGAUAGCACAGAUAGUGGGAGUUAUUCAUGUUUCAUACCAACAGAGGACAAUCUUCGUCAAGUGGAACUUUCUGUUCAGCCUAAACCAACUCCCGAGCCUAAACCAACUCCUGAGCCUAAACCAACUCCUGAGCCUAAACCAACAAAUAUCAGCGUGAGCCUCAGAGGACAGAACCUCAGCCCCUUCCUGUUUCUCCUCCUCAGUCAAAUGGUCUACCUUCUUUGA